AUGGACCAUUUUUGGAUGACCACUUGGUUCGUCCCUGUAAUUGGCCGAGAUACUCCAGACUCCAACGCUGCCAAAUUUGCUGUGUCAGUUGAGUUACCAAUUGUCAGCGACGAAGACGGUUGGUUGGCACGUUUGCCACGUCUUUAUCUGGUAAACAGGUCAGAGAGCCACCAACAAAGAAAUGCCCAGGCGGGAGCACAUUUAGGUCGGAUGGAUCAGAAGAUAACGGGGAUAAAGGACUGGAGUUCAAGCAAGCUUCUAUACGAUUUAAUACGGUGUAUAGUUCUUCAAACGUUAAAGCUGUACUAUCUAGCUGCCUGA